CUUGGUUUAGCGGGAUCUCUUUGCCUAGUAGUUUCCUUGACGCACCCUGACAAUAAAUGUCACCACCAUGGCGCUUUGCAAGAGAGGUGUCCAAUGCUGUGUAACUACGAUAAUACGAUGCAGUUAUGCAUUUCAAGAGGUCUCGGCCGUGUCGACAUACACCCCAAUGUUAGCCUACUCCAGAAUAAGCGUGCUACCCUGCAGACACCACUCGUCAUCUCAGGACAGACUAGGCAUAUUUCAGAGAGCCAAUGCCAGGUAUAUGAAGUUCCUCCAACAGCGAUUCCCCCAGCUCUACAUCCUCUAUACUACCUUUGUGAAAGGAUUUCGACUGAUGGUACAUGAUGUCAAGGAAACCAGGAGGAUAAGGAUGAAAAUGCUCACUCAAAAUGUUCCCCUCAGAGAGCUGCCCUACCACGAGAUGAAAACCAUCAUUCUGUUUCGCAAAGACAUGAUUAAAGCCAUUCCCCUGAUUAUAAUCUCUAUCCCUCCUUUUGCCAUCAUUCUGGUCUUCGCCCUUAUGUACCUGUUUCCUAGGCAGCUCCUGAUUCGUCACCUGUGGACUCCCCAGCAGCAGCAGGACUUCCAGAGGUUGUACCAUGAGCAGAGAUGCCAACAUCGUGAGAGCAUCCUGAACGGCGUGGCAUGGUCUAUACCACAUGUCAGAGAGUGGACCCUUCGCAGUCACCUGCUUAACCUCAUCAGCAAGGUGCAGAGUGGGACUCAUCCCAGUGUGAAAGACAUCCAUGAUGUGAGGGGCGUUUUUUCCGGACAACCACUGGGAAUAUCCGCCAUGGACACGGGUCACAUGAGGCUGCUAUCCUCCCACCUCUUGCUAAAUCCCUGGCUCCCAGGGUUCUUCCUCCGGCGCCGACUGAGGGCUAAAGCCCUUGACCUGUUUUACUUGGAUCAAGCUCUGGAGACACUGGGACAAGGCCAGCUCACUGACACGGAGAUCCGAGAGGCCUGCUACCUGCGAGGACUGGAUCCCAGCAGCCUCACCACAGGCCAGUGUCGAGAGUGGCUCCUCCAGUGGCUUCAGCUGUCCACCCAGCUCACAGAAUCAGAGACGUCACUACUGCUGCACAACAUGGUCCUCCUUUCAGUGAACUACCGCAGGCCCUGACCAGAGGAAGACUGAGCAUGACACAGACUAUUGUAUUCAUUCAUUCGCUAAAAAGUCUCAUGGAACAGAAACCAUUUACUUCUCGUGUCUGUAGGACAGAGAGGGUUGGAAGAGAAUAUCCAAAACGUAAGAAUCAAUGUGGAGAAUCAAUGAUUCAGUGUAUGGAUGGCUUUGACUGUUACUUUCCUGUAUGUCUUAAUCCAUUCCACUGUGCACACAUGUCCAUUGAUGCAAUACAUACGAUUGCAAUUGCCCCAUGUAUGACUGUACAAACAAACUUCAUAUGACUGGUGUACUGGGUUUACAACAAAUGCACUGGAAAAGAAGAAAACAUAAGAACACAAUUGUUCACACAAUGGAAAGUUGUAAAUCUUCACUUCUUUUAAAUUGCAAAUGCUUGUCUUGUGUGGCUAUGUAGAUGCUGUUAAUGAGAUUGUAUGUGGGUGUGGUUCUUUCUGGUCAGACACAUGUCUAGCUGUAGAUACUGUAUGUGUUGGGAUUUCUAUUGUGACUGUUGGCACACCCCUUGCAGUCUUCACAAUAAUGUAUUAAUAAUUUGAAAGAAUGUUACAGAACAUUUCUAAAAUGGAUAAGAAAUAAAAUAAAGCAAAGGUUAAAGGAAUACUGAAGCACAUAUGGCAGCCAUUAUAGCUGUGAAUCUUUUUAAAUAAUGUUCUAAUUAGGUGUUUUGUCUAAAUUGUUCAGGCUCAGUAAAACGGUCCAGGUAUCAUUGAUAAAAGAAAACAGGAAGGCCACGCGUUUUCACUCUUGAUUUUUAGAUUUUUUUUUAUAAGCGUUUCUGUUAAUGAAGACGCCAGUUAAGGAUCUGCAAGGUGUCUGGUUUUCAGACUAGGCACUCUUGCCCGGUUGUGCACCGGUGCCUCCAACUUCUCUUUCUAUUCUGGUUAGAGCCAGUUUGCGCUGUUUUGUGAAGGCAGUAGUGCACACGUUGUAAAAACCUUCAGUUUCUUGGCAAUUUCUGGCAUGGAAUAGCCUUCGAUUCUCGGAACAAGAAUAUACAGUCGAGUUUCAGAAGAAAGUUAUUUGUUUCUGGCCAUUUUGAGCCCGUAAUCCAACCCGCUGAUGCUGAAGAUACUCAAUUAAAAGAAGUGGUAAUUCCGUGACUGAAAUGAUUCAAUCAACAAAGGGAUCAGCUUUCAGCACGAUACAUGGAUGAAAUUGAAACGUCUUCAAAGUGAUAUCCCGUUGUCAGUGGGAAAGACCAUUCGCAUGGUCGUAAGUUAUUUUUGAUGUAUUUCGUCAGUUUAAGUGUUUUCACGAGGUCCAUGUCUUUAACAUGCCUGUAUCAAAAUAAAACCAGAGUUGUCAUUAUCA